AGAACCCCGCCCCCCCCUCCCCGUUGCGGCGGUCGGGGCGCGGCGCGCAGUCGCAGUGGUGGCUCAUGCUGUAGGAGGGCUGCGCGCGGGGCUCGGCCGGGAGCUGGGGAGAUGUCGCGCUACGGGCGUUACGAGACCAAGGUGUACGUGGGGAACCUGGGCACGGGCGCGGGCAAAGGCGAGCUGGAGAGAGCCUUCAGCUACUACGGGCCCCUGAGAACGGUGUGGAUCGCGAGGAACCCGCCGGGGUUUGCCUUCGUGGAGUUUGAAGACCCGAGGGAUGCUGAAGAUGCUGUGCUCGGCCUCGAUGGGAAGAUAAUAUGUGGCUCCAGGGUUAGAGUGGAAGUGUCAACAGGGAUGCCUCGUCGCUCCCGUUACGACAGGCCUCCUGCACGGCGCCCCUUUGACCCUAAUGACAGAUGCUAUGAGUGUGGUGAGAAAGGCCACUAUGCCUAUGAUUGUCACCGCUAUAGUCGCCGAAGGAGGAGCAGGUCCCGGUCUAGAUCCCGUUCAAGGUCCCGAGGAAGAAGGUAUUCUCGGUCACGCAGUCGGAGUCGCGGUAGAAGAUCAAGGUCAGCUUCCUACCGCAGGUCCAGGUCAAUCUCUCCUCGUAGGUAUAGAUCAUUUUCACCCCGCAGAUCUCGGUCUGGUUCCUUAAGAAGGUCAAGAUCUAGGUCCAGAUCACGUUCAAGGUCCCGGUCUGUUGUAUGGCCUCGAAGCAGGUCUGGGUCCCAUGGUAGAUCUAAAUCUGGCUUACCUGCUAAAAGUCGCUCAAAGUCCAGAUCACCAUCUCCAAAGAGAAGUCACUCACCAUCAGGAAGCCCUUGAAGGAGUGCAAGUCCUGAAAGAACGGAUUAAAAUUCAAAAAGUUUAAGAAGAAAAUUUAUUUUGUUUACAUUAUUAUAAGGGAUUUUGUGGUGUCUUUAUAAAUGUAAGGGCUUAGUCCUAGAAGGCUGUUUCUACCAACUAACAAUUGGCACGAAUCUGGAUCUUUUAAAAGUCUUACUAGUAGACUAAUGCAAAACUUUUGUGUUAAUGUUGUGACCUAGAAAUGUUGGGCUUUUUUUAUUGGCACGUUGAAAUAAACUGUGCAUUUCUAACUAAGAAA